CAAAUUAAUUACACAUCUCCUUCUACACAGACCCAAAAACCCGACACCUCGCCCUUUCUCCCUCGCGGAUCGACCGCACACAUUUUCUAGGGUUGCUAUCGUCUUCUCCAACAUCUUCCUCUCUAGGGUUUUCUCCUCAAUCAUUUUCUAGGGUUUUUGGGUGGAUCGAAGGGGGGCGCUUGCGUGGUGAUCGACGUGGGGCGCGGUGGCGAAGAGGCAGAAGGGGGCGGCGGCGGAGGAGGAGAUGGGGACGGGGAGAAGGUGUGCCGGAUCUGCCAUUUGAGCCCGGAUCAAGGGGAGGAGGCAUCCGAGUUGAUCCAGCUCGGUUGCGUAUGCAAAGACGAUCUCGGGAUCGUGCAUCGUCACUGCGCCGAGGCGUGGUUCAAGCUAAGGGGCAACAGUUUCUAGUCACUGCAGUUUCAGAGGCUGAGCAAGUUCUGAAUGAUCUUCAGAGAUCUCUCUCUGAACAAAAAGAAUUACUUGCUUUCUCUGCACAACAACAGGAGAUGGUAUUGCAAAGGAGUCUUCUUUCAACACAAGCCAUAUCAAAGACAACAGUAGAUUUCUUCAAUGAUUUAAAGGCCCAUGCCUGUAAGCUUAUGAAAGAGACUGACGAAAAUCAUAUGGAAAGAAUGCAUCAACUAGCAGAUUUUGAGGAGACAUUUAAGGAACUGUCAGCUAAAGAAGAAAAGGCAGCCAUUGAAAAGAUUGUUGGAAUAUUAGCAAGCUUAACAGCCAUGAGAACAAAUAUGGUUUCAUCCACCGUACAUAGACUAAGUGAAAGAUGUAGUCAAGAGGCGAAUAAAUUGCAAUUACACAUGUCUAGCAUGCAACAAGCUUCAAAUAAUGCUAAAAAGGAGUGGAUUUCCUUCGUAGAAAAAGGAGAAAGCCGGUACCAGGAAGAUAUAUCUUCAAGCGCUAGACUCCGAAAUAAUAUGGAAAAUGUCCUUCACCAAUGUUCGGAGAAAGUAGGGCAGUCAAUGUGUCAUUGGGCGCAUACUCAAUUAUCCAUCAACUAGCUUAAUAAGAAUUUUGGUGCAGAAAUCGAGUAUUCAAUUGAUCGAACAAAUCAAGAUAAUGGAAAUGUUUUUGGAGAAUUAGUCUCUGAGUCUUCAAAGACUGAUAUGGAGUUUGACAAGGCAAUUGGAGAUCUACUAGCUUCUUCAAAGAGUUCUCUUCUUCUGGAUAAUCAAACAACAGAGGGGAUAGAACCUUUUUCAAGCUUCUGCUUGGAUCAUUUAAAAUCAUUGCAGGAUAACCACAGUGGAAGCAUAGAGUCUAUUAGAAUCCUGACGGAGAAGUGCUUUCUAGAAGAUUACUUGAUUGAUAGUCCAAUUAGGAGGCCUCUGAGAGAGCAAGAGAUCAGUGUACCAAGCUUGAAAUCGAUAGAGGAGUUGAGGAAAUCUUUAACUGAUGUGGUUAGGGAGUUUAGAUCAGAAAAUGGAUUGAAGGGGGAAGUAGGAGGGAAGCAACAGAUGGAUGAUCAACUUAAACAAACACCAAGAAUUCCAUUCAUGUCCAUCAAUUAAAGAGAUAAGUUCAUUCUCAAGAGGUACUCAUUUGGACUGCUUGUGACCUUAAUGUAGUACAGUAAGAAGUUCCUGUACUGAUCAUAUCAUGUUUUGAGGCUGAGUGCUAAUUUGUGAUAUUAGGACAUUAUUAUUGGAUGUGGCUAGAUAGUUAGCAUGGUCUUUGAAGUUUGUGUAUGAAAUUUUAGGCGAGAAUUUCGGUAUAUAUGUGCUAAGAGAAUUAAUUAUAGAUUAGAAGGUCUAGAAAGGACUGAGGUUUGUUUGGUUUGAAAAGGUCUUUCUUGGAAAUGUUUUCUUGAGUAGAACUGCUCGAAGUAAACUAACAAUAAGUAGCUAGAUUAUCUGCUAUUACAACACCAUAGGAUCUUGGUGGGCCCAAAUUGUGUGACUGUUUUGUUGGACAAUAGCUUUUUGUUGAGUAGAAGCUUCAAACCGGAGGUUUUGCUUUUGACACUGAGAGCUCAUUUCAUCUUAUUAGUCGAGCCGAAGGCAAUUUAGGUUGUUGUCUACAGUAUGUCUUGUUUGUUCUUCUAUCUUUCUUUCCUUACCUAAAUCUGAUCCCAUCUGAAUCUUCGAGCCGAAAUCAAUUUAGGCAAUUUAGCAAUUUAGGCAUCUGAAUCUUCUCGAGAGGAUGUGAUUGCAAUGGAAAAUAAAAUUUAUAUCGAAGUCAUAAGAAAAGAGUAUGGUGGCCGAGUGGGAGAGCUAGGAUUGAUCCCAUCUGAAAGUUGUGUGUGUUAUAACUCGGAAUCAAUGGAAGAAGUACAAAAGUUAAGAGAGGAAGUGCAAGAGAAUAAAAAAAUGGUUCUCAACAGCAAUCACAAUUAGCUGCCGAUAUGGAAUUUAUAAGACAAAAAAUGCGAGAUUGUAACCUUGGUGGCAGUCGUCAGGAUCCCGAGUCUUCGGGCACUUGCUAUACGUCAGCAUCAUCAAAUCCUUCCAAUGAUACUUGAUCAUUUUUUUUGUAUUUGGACUUACUAUGCCCUUUAGUAUCAUUUUAUGUUUUGAGCUACUGUGUCAUUUCUAAAAAACUGUUUUUGGAUAUUAUAGUUUUUUAUCAUUUUAUUGAUGUUGAG